AUGGAUUUGGACGUGGUGAACAUGUUCAUCAUUGCUGGAGGGACGCUGGCAAUCCCCAUCUUGGCUUUUGUAGCCUCCUUCCUGCUCUGGCCUGCAGCUCUCAUUAAAGUUUACCACUGGUAUUGGCGCAGAAGGCUGAGAAUGCAGGUGGAUUAUGCUGAAUAUGAAGGAUAUCACUUCUGUUAUUCACACAGAGGGUAUCCAGGCACCCGUCCAUCCGUUCUCAUGUUACACGGCUUCUCUGCACACAAAGACAUGUGGCUCGGUGUGGUCAAGUUUCUUCCUAAAAAUGUACACUUGGUGUGUGUUGACAUGCCAGGACAUGAGGGUACGACACGCACCAGUGCUGUGGAUUAUUCCAUUGAGGGCCAAGUCAAACGGAUACAUCAGUUUGUGAAGAGCAUCAGAAUGAGCAAAAAGCCUUUCCAUCUGAUCGGCACGUCCAUGGGAGGAAAUGUGGCUGGAGUUUAUGCUGCCCGUCACCUGUCUGAUCUCUGCGGCGUCACACUCAUCUGUCCAGCAGGUCUUCAGUAUCCCACUGAAAGUAAGUUUGUUCAGCGUUUGAGGGAACUGGAGAAAACUCAGAACAGUGACGGGAUCCCACUGAUACCCUCCACUCCAGAGGAGAUGGAGGAGAUGCUCAAACUAUGUUCAUAUGUGCGCUUUAAGAUCCCUAAACAGGUUUUUAUAAACAAAAUUAUAAACGUAUUAGAUGUGUCCGGGGCUUCAGUUCUGGCAAAGGCUAUUCCAGGAUCUCAGGUUCAUCUGCUAGACAACUGUGGUCAUUCAGUAGUGAUGGAGCGACCGAGGAAAUCCGCCCAGCUCAUCAUGGACUUUAUCAUUGCACAACAGAAUGUAGGAAUCAACAGCACCAAAAAACUCUCCUAA